AUGGAAAUCCCAGCCUGGUGGUACUUCUGGUUCUGGCCCCUCAUCGGCAUCACAUUCCUACAUCUCGGCCUCGACUCCUUGGACAGAACCGACCUUUCCGACUCUGUCCACCCGGCCUUCAUGUCCCUCCUCAAGCACUCCCUCGCCACCUCCACCUGCUGCUCUUCCACUUUUGCCCUCAUCCUCCGCCCCCGCCUCAAAAUCCCAGUCGACCGCCGCUACUUCUGGACAUUCACCGCCCUCUUCUGCCUUGCCGCCAAGUACUCCUACACCCCGCCCGACGAGGCCCAAAUCGGAAAUGCCUUCCUUUGCGGGCCCGCCCUAUCUGCCACGCUCCUCCUCUCGGCCCGCCUCCAUUUUUUCCCGCCCCUGAUUAAAACCCUAGCCAGCCGCUACUCGAUACUCGUGUCCAUCAUUUUCUUGUCGGGCGAACUAUUCCCGUGGUACCUUCAUAUUUUCACCAUCCUCAACUUCUUGCUCAUCAUCGCUGCCGACUACUACUUGACGGCCAACGGAAACAUAAACGUGGGGAUUCACAUGACCGUUGAGUCUUCUCUGUUUCUGGUGAGUUGGGAAAAGACGAAGUUCUACCCGCUGGCGGUGAUGUUCGUCUCGUACUUCGUUUCGGGCCUCUACGCGGGGGCCCUCGGGAUUGAGCCCUUCAUGGCCACGUCAGCGGAGGAGGGCCCUAUGGAUGUUUGCUUCCUGGAGCUGGUGCCAUUGGCCGAGAAGGGGUCGCGUGCUUUGUCGGCGUUUAUGGGGAGGAGGGUCGGGAAGUUGGUCAGGUUUGGGGUGGGGAUGGUGGGGACCGUCUUAUUCCAGAAUUUUUUCAGGCUGACCACGUUCGGGCAUGUUGUGGCGUUUCUGUAUCUGGCGGUGGCAUGGCUGGCAAAUAUGGCAUGCUUGGGCGUCGCGGGCGAUUUCGGCGUUUUGAAUUUUCUGAUCGGGAAUGUGAUCGUGGGUUGCACGGUGAACCAGUUUGGGCUUCACGGGACGACUUGGGUGGCGUACGUGGCGUCUCUUGUUCUGUACGGCGUGCGCCUUGGGCUUGAGUCGGUGAGGUUUGAGUCGAGGGAAGGUCUGCAAGUUGUGCAAUUCUCUUUAUGGUAG